AUGAUCUCUAGCUCGACUGCUGCAGUGACAACUGGUGCUAGCGGCACUGAACGCCCACCGGCUCAAGCUCUGACAGAGUUAUUGGAGGCUUUGGCAACUUUGAUGGGGGUGGAGGUGACCCCGGACAACCAGGAACAACACAAGGUGGAUGUGGCGAAGCUACAAGAUGAGAUAGCUCAAGCCAAGGAAGAGUUGAUGGCUGAGAAUGCUAGGAUGGCUACGGAGCGAGCUGCUUUGGAUACCCCGGCACAACGGAUUCAGGCAGACUCUUUUCGGCUCACCUUGGAUCAAAACGCUUCAAACGAAAUCAUGAGAAGGAGGCACCAGAGUCGUUUACCCCCGGUUUAUGAUGCGAGGAACCUCUUCAACACGCCUGGAGCAGGGACCAGUGACCCGCUGGUGGUGAACUGGGCGGUCAAAGCGCUCGUGACUAGAGCGCCGGUUCAGCCGCCCCAACAGCCCGCGUUCGACCUCUCUCUCACUCCCCCGCCCUCACACUCACUCGCAUCUCCGCCGUCGUCGCCGCCGCCCUCCCCCGCGCGCUGCCGUCCCCCGCGCCGGAGCUCUCCCGCCGGCUGCCCUUGCCCGCGCCGGCUCGGCUCCCCUGCCGGCCACCCUCCCCCGUGCCGGCCUCCUCCCCUGCCGGCCACCCUCGGCUGCGCCGGCUCUGCUCCCCCGCCGGCCUCCUCCACCACUGUGAGGUACUCCUCCUCCCUCCUCCCUCUAGGUUAA